AUGAAGGCCUCUAUGAAAUGGGCGGCCCUGACCCUGGCCGCAGCCCAGCUUGGCGCGGCUCAGACCUCUACUUCCUGCAACCCAACCAAGAAGACCUGCCCCGCCGACAAGGGUUUGGCUAAAUGGACCUACAACACCGACUUCACCCAAGCCGGCUCCCUCGAUAACUGGAACAUCACCGCGAAGCCUGUGACCCAGACCGAUCUGGGCGCUAAGUUCGAGAUCGCCGAGGAGGGUGACGCCCCCACUAUCGCCAGUGACUGGUACAUCUUCUUCGGACAUGUUGAUGUCAAGAUGAAGGCCUCCAACGGUACUGGUAUUAUCAGCACCUGGAUCCUGGAGUCUGAUGACUUGGAUGAGAUCGACUACGAGCAAAUCAGCAGUUACUCGACUUACAUCCAGGCCGAUUACUUCGGUAAGGGUAACAGCACCCUCGGAGACCGUGAAUACGACAUCACUGUCACGGACCCAGAGACCGAAUUCCACACCUACAGUAUCGACUGGACUGAGGAGCGCAUCCAGUGGCUCGUCGACGGAGAUCUGAAGCACACCGUGACCUACGACGAUGCUCUGAGCGGCGCCAACUACCCCCAGACCCCCGCCAAGAUCAGAAUCGGUAUCUGGGCCGGUGGUGCUUCCACCAACGCUGAGGGCACUAUCGAGUGGGCCGGUGGUGAGACUGACUUCGACAACGCUCCCUUCGUCAUGUACGUUGACUCCAUCAACGUCACCAACUACAACCCUGCUUCCGCCUACAAGUACUCCGACAAGACCGGCGACUACUCCAGCAUCAAGAUGUCCAACAGCUCUUCCACCUCCUCUACCCUGUCCAACUCUACCUCCAAGAGCUCCGGUUCUUCUUCCUCCUCGGCUUCCGUUGCUAGCUCCUCUAGCGCCAGCCAGGCUUCCAGCAGCUCUGCUACCUCUGCUUCUGCCAGCCCCAUCAACGCUGGAUCCAGCCUUAUCGCUUCCGUGUUUGUUGCUUCCAUGGUCGCUUUGGCCGUUGGAGCUCUCCAGCUGUAA